CGCACUCUUUUCCCUCGUCGGUCCGUCAACUCCGAGACUUCCCAGUGGGCUCGUGCCACAACCGACCUCGCAACCGCCCAACAAACAAGCGACGACGAGAGCAGCAGCGAACCGACACCAACGAGAAGAGGACAGGGAGGACCCGCGCAUCUCCGAACCCGUCGGGUUGCCGUGAUCUCCUCCUGCGGCUUCAUGGACCUCCGGCGGCGGGACGAGGAGUGGGGCGGCAGCGGCGGCGAUGGCCGCUCUGAAACUAACCGCCGCUCGUCGUCGUCGUCAGCGCCGGGCGCCUUCGAUAUCCCUCCCAAGAAUGCGCCGGUCGCGCGGCUUAGGCGGUGGAGGAAAGCAGCACUUGUUCUGAAUGCUUCUCGUCGAUUUAGAUAUACCUUGGAUUUGAAGAAGCGGGAAGAAAAGGAGCAACUAAGGAGGAAAAUCCGCUUACAUGCACAAGUAAUACGGGCAGCUUUGCUUUUUAAAGAUGCUGGAGUAAAGGGGACACCAGGUGCUCCUGGAGGAUCAGCAUUUCCCACUGGUGGUUUUGGAAUUGGAGAGGAGCAGCUUACUACAAUGAUGAGGGAUCAUAAUUUUUCUGCUAUAGAAGAAGGUGGUGGGGUCAAAGGACUAGCAAAUUUGUUAAAGACUGAUUUGGACAGAGGAAUUAGUGGAGUUGAUAUGGAAGUUUUAUGUAGGAGGAAAAUCUUUGGGGCGAACACUUAUCCUCGAAAGAAAGGAAGAAGUUUUUGGGUUUUCCUAUGGGAAUCCUGGCAAGACUUGACCCUUGUCAUCCUUAUGAUAGCUGCUGUUCUAUCGCUAGUUUUGGGCAUAAAGACAGAGGGUAUAAAAGAAGGGUGGUAUGAUGGCGGAAGCAUUGCCUUUGCUGUUAUUCUUGUUGUAAUUGUAACAGCUGUUAGUGAUUAUAGGCAAUCACUACAAUUCCAAAAUCUGAAUGAGGAGAAGCAGAACAUACACAUGGAGGUAAUCAGAUCUGGCAGAAGAAUCAAAGUCUCUAUAUUUGAUAUUGUAGUCGGUGAUGUUGUUCCACUAAAAAUUGGUGAUCAGGUCCCUGCUGAUGGAAUUUUAAUCACUGGCCACUCACUUGCAAUUGAUGAGUCGAGCAUGACAGGAGAGAGUAAGAUUGUCCACAAAGAUCAAAAGGCUCCAUUUUUGAUGUCUGGAUGUAAAGUUGCUGAUGGUUAUGGUAACAUGUUGGUAACUGCUGUAGGUAUAAAUACAGAAUGGGGCUUAUUAAUGUCCAGUAUAUCAGAGGAUACUGGUGAAGAGACUCCUCUUCAGGUGCGCUUGAAUGGUGUUGCUACUUUCAUUGGUAUUGCAGGGCUCACAGUAGCUGCUGCUGUUCUUUUAGUUCUUCUAGCUAGAUACUUUACUGGACAUACCAAGAAUCCCAAUGGAUCUGUUCAAUUUGCAAAGGGGCAGACAAAUGUGAAAGCUGCAGUAAAUGGAGCCAUUAAAAUCUUCACAGUUGCGGUGACAAUCGUGGUUGUGGCUGUUCCAGAAGGGCUACCGUUGGCGGUUACCUUGACCCUGGCAUACUCAAUGCGGAAGAUGAUGGCAGACAAGGCUCUGGUGCGGAGGCUUUCAGCAUGUGAAACUAUGGGGUCAGCUACAACUAUAUGUAGUGACAAGACUGGUACUUUGACCUUGAAUCAGAUGACUGUUGUGGAGGCAUAUAUUGGUGGAAGGAAGAUCAAUCAUCUGGAGAAUGUUGAGUUGUCUCCUAUUACAGCCUCACUUUUGAUUGAAGGAAUUGCACAUAAUACUUCUGGCAGUGUGUUUGAGCCAGAGGAUGGUGGAGUUAUUGAGGUUACUGGUUCACCAACUGAGAAGGCCAUUCUUUUGUGGGGGUUGAAGCUUGGGAUGAAGUUUGAUAGUGAAAGAUCAAAAACUUCAAUUCUUCAUGUGUUCCCUUUCAACUCAGAGAAAAAGCGUGGUGGUGUUGCAGUGUAUCAGGCAGGUUCUGAAGUUCAUGUACACUGGAAAGGUGCUGCCGAGAUUGUCCUAGCCUCAUGUACAAGUUGGCUUGAUACAGAUGGUUCCAAGAAGCCAAUGACUUCUGAGGCCGAUACUUUUAAGAAGUAUAUUGACAAUAUGGCAGAAGUUAGCCUUCGCUGUGUUGCUUUUGCGUACAGAUCAUUUGAAUUGGAAAAGGUUCCAGACGAGGAACAGAGAGAAAACUGGUUAUUGCCAGAGGAUGACCUGAUUCUGGUUGCUAUUGUGGGAAUAAAAGAUCCAUGUCGCCCUGGUGUGAAAGAAGCUGUAGAUUUAUGUACUCAUGCAGGUGUUAAGGUUCGCAUGGUUACUGGAGAUAAUCUUCAGACAGCGAAAGCAAUUGCUUUGGAGUGUGGGAUACUUACAGAUGCCAAUGCUUCAGAGCCAACUCUUAUCGAGGGAAGAACAUUUCGUAUGAAGACCGAUGCAGAAAGAAAUGCAAUAGUGGAGCAAAUAACUGUGAUGGGAAGGUCAUCUCCCAGUGACAAGCUGCUUCUUGUCCAAGCACUUAGGAGAAGAGAUCAUGUUGUUGCUGUAACAGGGGAUGGCACUAAUGAUGCUCCUGCGCUUCAUGAAGCAGAUAUUGGUCUUUCAAUGGGUAUUCAGGGAACAGAAGUAGCAAAAGAAAGCUCUGACAUUAUUAUCCUAGAUGAUAAUUUUACAUCAGUUGUAAAGGUUGUUCGCUGGGGUCGUUCUGUGUAUGCCAAUAUUCAAAAAUUUAUCCAAUUCCAGCUAACAGUCAAUGUUGCAGCACUUAUUAUCAACGUUGUUGCUGCUGUUUCAUCUGGAGAUGUUCCUUUAAAUGCUGUUCAGCUUCUGUGGGUGAAUCUCAUCAUGGACACCCUUGGAGCACUUGCAUUGGCGACUGAAACUCCAACCGACCACCUUAUGGACAGGCCCCCUGUUGGGCGAAGGGAGCCUCUUAUUACGAAUAUUAUGUGGAGGAAUCUCACAAUUCAGGCUCUGUAUCAAGUUACAGUUCUUCUUGUACUCAAUUUUGGUGGCCGAAGCAUCCUGCAUUUGAGGAAUGACAGUCGAGCACAUGCAGACAAAGUUAAAAACACAUUUAUAUUUAAUACUUUUGUCCUAUGUCAGAUAUUCAACGAGUUUAAUGCUCGGAAACCAGAUGAAUUGAAUAUCUUCAGUGGAGUCAUUGGAAAUCGCGUGUUCAUGGGAAUAGUAGGAAUAACUACUCUGCUUCAGGUUUUAAUUAUUGAGUUUCUUGGGAAGUUUACUUCGACUGUCAGGCUAAACUGGAAGUUGUGGCUAGUUUCUAUUGUCAUUGCCUUUAUAAGUUGGCCUCUGGCUCUUCUAGGAAAGCUUCUCCCAGUGCCCAAGACUCCAUUUGGCGAUUAUUUUAGCUGGUGUUGUACCUGGUGCAGCAAAAGAGAUGAUGGAUCUUUGGUGAAGGCAGGCUCCAAUGAACAGCCAUAGACAACUGUGUGUGCACAUUUGGCCUCACAUUUAGCCCGUGUCAUCAGCCAACUUGUGUUAUUUCUUUGUAUAGGACUAGCAGCAUGACAUUCUGUGAUACUUUUGCCAAUAUUUAUAUAAGACAAUAUAUAUGCUAGCAACCGAACUUGUGGCACAAUGAAU